CUCCCUUCAUCUCAAUAUAUAUCACCACCAACAUUUUCCUUCAUACCAUGAGAGGAGAAGUUAUGUGGCCAAGAUUGGUAGCUAGCAAGCUACUAAAGAAAACAUUAGGAUCUAACAACUUUGUCGCGGACAUUCCUGGAAACACAAAUUCUUUUCUUGAUCUUCCGACCUUAGAUCUCGAACCUGUCCCGAGUCCUAAGAUUGUCUUGACUGAUCACCAUGACACACGGAAGUUCAAGGUCUUCGUUAGCACUUGGAACGUUGGUGGUGUUGCACCUACCGAAGAUAUAAAUAUCGAUGAGUUGUUAGAUACAUGCAAUACUACGUGUGAUAUUUAUGUGCUUGGGUUUCAAGAAGUUGUUCCUCUAAAAGCUUCGAAUGUUCUUGGACCGGAUAAGAAGAAAAUAUCGACGAAAUGGAAUUCUUUGAUUAGAAAAGCUCUAAACAAGAAAUCCUACAAUCCAUACAACAAAACCAAUAGCUUGAGCAAGAAGCAACAACUUGUGAUUAAAGGGAAGAAAUCGGAUAUCGAAAGUAGCAUGAUCCAGCCUGAGUUUCGAUGUGUAGUCAGUAAACAGAUGGUUGGAAUUAUGAUAUCGGUUUGGGUUCGCAGUGAUCUGCUUCCAUUCUUCCGAAAUCCAAGUGUCUCUUGUGUGGGUUGUGGCAUCAUGGGGUGCCUUGGCAACAAGGGUUCGGUUUCAGUUCGGUUCCAGUUUCACGAGACAAGCUUCUGCUUUGUAUGUUGUCAUCUAGCAUCCGGAGGGAGAGAAGGAGACGAGAGAACACGAAACUCCAAUGUUGCUGAGAUUUUGUCACGCACAUGUUUUCCGACCACCAUAGGACCAUCACUUGACCUGCCCAAGAAGAUUCUAGACCAUGAUCGUGUUGUCUUGCUCGGAGACCUAAAUUACCGGAUUUCCUUGCCAGAGAGGGAGACAAGAUUACUAGUAAACCGUAAGGAUUGGAACACGCUACUUGAAAACGACCAGCUUCGAAUGGAACUAAUGGAUGGCCAGGCGUUUGAAAAUUGGCAUGAAGGAACUAUCAAUUUUGCUCCUACUUACAAGUACCAACUUAAUAAUGACGAAUACUAUGGUAGUGGUCAUAUUGGUACCAAAGGCAAAAAGAACCGUGCUCCUGCAUGGUGUGAUAGGAUAAUUUGGACGGGCGAGGGAUUGAAGCAAUUGCUAUACACAAGAAGCGAAACCCGAUUGUCAGAUCACAGGCCCGUGAAGUCUAUGUUCUCUACUGAAGUUAAAGUUUCACGAAUGAGGUACCAAAGCUUUUGCUAUUCAGAUAGGUUUGGACGACGACCCAAUACCAAUUUAGAUUUCCAUUCCGAUGAUGAAUACACGAGUCAUUCUGACCGAUUAAGCUUCCAUGUUAAAAAUAAAAUGACCCCGUGACAGUGCGCAUGGGCGAUUUUAUGGAAAUGACUGGUAAUGAAACAAACACAAGAAACAAAUUAGUUCAUACUUCUCAAUCAUCAUUUUUCUUUGAUUGGAUAUAUAUGUAAGUAUAAAUGUAGCAAGAGAGUAGCACAUGUUUGUGUAACAUAAAACUUUUGAGAUUAUACGUCUUAGUCAUCAUUUUUCUUUGAUUGGAUAUAUGUAAGUAUAAAUUUAGUAAGAGAGCAGCACAUGUUUGUGUAACAUAAACCUUUUGAGAUUUGAUUCCGCCAACCAUGUUUUAUUCCAUUA